AUGGCAGCCUCCUGGAGGGGGGUUCUCCAUUUCCCGGCCGCGGGGGCCGCCGUCCUCCGCCCCCGCCAAACAGUGUCCCAAGACACCACCCUGGACCGAACCGCAGUUCAACCAGUUUUAAAAACUACCCUUGUGGCCCGGACCUGUGAGCUGGCUCCUCCAGAGCGAACAGCUCUGGUUCAGAAAGCCACCGAAAAGCAAGGAAAAGUUGCAGAACCCGCAAAGCGCGGUCAGACGGGCUGGCGGGAGGGCUUCCCGGGAGCGGCGACGGUGGCCCUUGACCCGGUGUUCUCCUCCCCCUGCCCCGGAUCGGGUCCUAGAACCGAGCGGCCCAGUGAGAUGGGCGCCCUCGGGCCCAGAGCGGCUUCACGCACCGCCCCCAAACAACCUGGCCACACCGCUCUACCCAUCCGAUCCGCCCGACUCGCCUGCUCCUUCCGCGUCGCUUCUGGCGCGCGCGCGCCUGACUCCACCCGCCCCUCCCUUUCUGCGCGCCCCGGCGAUCCUGUGCGUGUUCGCCCAACCUGUGGCCUCGCGGGAGCGUCGCGCGAGCGCGCAAACGGCAGGGCGGGGCGACCUCGAACGACGCACGCGGAAUACAGGGCCCCUCCGGCCUUCGCGCUGUUCGUUGUGCUGGUUCAUUUCAUCAACACCACUGCUCCUCCAUCUCGGUUCGCCUUCCGCGCACGCUCAAAUGAAGGGGCGUGCCCUAGGGCUAGCCUCCUCCCUAUGCUCCGAGACGUGUCGGGUGCUAAGCGAACUCGCCAGAUCUUCGUUGUCAGAGCAGUGAGGUCCAGGCCUAGCUUAGGUUCUUUCAAAGCCCGCACCUGCCCUCUGAUUAUCCGUGAAUCUUGUUUGGAAAGAGAGCUCUUUGCCAACUCCUAUUCUUGGCAGCUUGACCGAGCUCGGAUAUGUCCUUUGGCAAGAAGGGCGUUUUUGUCUCUCAUCAAAAUAGACCCAAAUUCUUUUUCCCAUUAUGUUCACGUGCCUGGCCUGAGCCAGCCAAUCGGCUUGGCCAGCCUCCCAGCCCACCCGAGUACUAGCAGGAAGGGGCACAGCUGGGGCUCCAUGAGGAGGAUGGCUUUCAUCCUGGGCUCCAGCCUUCUCUUGCUGAUGAUCCACUGGAACUGUGUCAUAGGGCAUUUUCAGAGAUUUUGGGGUGCUUCCAGCUACUUUUGGCAAGCCCAGUGGGAGAGGUUGCUGUCUACAUUUGAAGGGAAGGAGUGGCUCCUCUACGUUCUAGGUGUCACCCAAGUGCCUCUUCUGGUCUACUGGCCCUUCAGUGGACUUCUCCUGGUGGUGGAGACUGGAAAGCCUAACUUCAUCUCCCGCUACCGAAUUCAGGUUGACAACAAUGGCUGUGUGGAUCCCAUGAAACCACGCCAGGCUCUCCUCAUGAUUCUCUUCAAUCAAUUCGUGAUCUCUCUUCCCAUGCUGGUCUCACUCUAUCCCAUCCUCAAGUUGUGGGGACACCCCUGCCAUCGAGAGCUCCCCACCUUCCACUGGUUCCUCCUGGAGCUGGUCAUCUUCACUCUGACUGAGGAAGUGCUAUUCUGCUACUCACACUCUUUCCUUCACCACCCAAAACUCCAUAAGAAAAUCCGUAAGAAACACCACGAGUGGACAGUACCCAUCACUGCAACCUGUCUAUCUGUCCACCCUAUUGAACAUGUGGUGAGUAGAGCUUGGCUUCCCCAGAGGAGAGGACAGAGGGCCCCAAUCCCCUUCCUUAAGCUAAGGUCUCCUGCACAAAAUGGGACCACAGUGGGAGUUUCUUUCUUCUGCCCCUUCCACAGCUACCAUUUAUACUGGCAUAUCCAAGGAAAAGCCAGAUGCCUAAUGAAGUCUUCCUGGUACCACUCUGAGGGAAGGGGCCAUCCACCUUGGUUCCCUUCCUCCCCUCAGAGCCCCCUCAGACAGCUCUCUCCUUGCAGAUCAACAUGCUGCCGGCAAACAGUAAUGGGCUCCCACUUGCCCUCCAUCACCACGUGGACUUCCUUGGCCCUCAUCUUCACCGUGAUCUCCCACUGUGGCUACCACCUACCUUUCUUGCCUUCACCUGAAUUCCAUGACUACCACCAUCAAAAGGUUGACCAGUGCUAUGCUGCUCUGGGGAUGCUGGACUACCACCAUGGGACUGACAUCGUGUUUAGGCAGACCAAGGCCUACAAGAGACACAUGAUCCUGCUGGGCUUCACCCCACUCUCUGAGAGCAUACCCGAUCCUCUGAAGAUGACGGACUAA